GACCAAACUGCUUUCAAUAUGUACGAAUCAAUCAUCCAGCCCACUGAUGACCGUUUCCUCCAACCGAAGGAAAAGAAGGCAUGCAAUGGAUGGAUACCAAUGGUACGAAGCGUAACAAGUCGAGGCAAAAUUGAGGUUUCCGAAGUAUUCCGUGAUGAACGUCCAAGUGCAGACUUCGAAGUGGUGUUUCCCUUCCAGAUCAUUUUUGACCCAAAACGGACGCAAAUGAAGCUUUGGAUAGGCUACUACUAGCUCCAUGGCAGGACCUAAAAUUCAUGAAGCUUCAAAAUCGUCAGCUCGAUAUCUCUAGGAUAUAAAACAAAAAAAAAGAAGAGCUUUAUUACAAUAUAGCAUUUAGUAUAAAUAACAAUCAAUACAUCAGUCAACAG